AUGGCUGAAGAAUUGGUGCAGCUGAAGUCGAUCUUGCUCGACUUUCUGGCCAUACUGGAGCGUUCUGCAGUUUGCGGACCGGAAGUGAUCCUGACGGAGCAACCGGAAGUGAAGUUGGGGACACAGGCCGUCGGUGAUCCGGGACGGCCGAAACUUGUGUCCACCAUGCCGCAGAAAAAAAAGGCGAAUAAAUCGGCCCGGAUCCGGAUUAUACCGUUGGACCUCGGCUCGGUCGAAGCGGUCGAAUCGAUGCACUCCGAGGGCUCGGAGUUUGCGCAGAUGCGAUCGGCGAUGGUCAUGAGGCAGCUCGAUGAAAUGAGACCGGUUCCGGGUGGUGGUCCGUUCUCCCAGAGCACGGCGGAGGUGCUCACGGCGCUGGAACCGACCCAACAGGUGGAAUCGUUGGUUCCGCCGGAAGAUCCGUUGGUACCGUCGGAGGAAGUUUUGGUUACACCUGCAGAUCCGCUGGUCGAAGCACGGCGUAAUGACGAAUCCAAGCAAGCAAAGGCGGCAGCAGCGAAUCGUCCGCCGGAACCACCACAAAUGGAUCCGCUUCUGGACGCGCUGACAAACCGUGGCCCGUUUUACCAGAGCACGGCGGAGGUGCUCACGGCGCAGGAACCGACCCAACAGGUGGAGUCGUUGGAGCCGCCGGAAGUUCCGUUGGUGCCGUCGGAGGACGCUUUAGUUGCACCUGUAGAUCCGCUGGUCGAAGCACAGUGUAAUGACGAACCCAAGCAAGCAAAGGCGGCAGCAGCGAAACGUCCGCCGGAACCACCACAAAUGGAUCCGCUUCUGGACGCGCUGACAAACCGUGGCCCGUUUUACCAGAGCACGGCGGAGGUGCUCACGGCGCAGGAACCGACCCAACAGGUGGAGUCGUUGGAGCCACCGGAAGUUCCGUUGGUGCCGUCGGAGGACGCUUUAGUUGCACCUGUAGAUCCGCUGGUCGAAGCACAGGAUGCUAACCAACUUGACAACGACGUCGCCGAUGCUCCCGAGGAUCACCAAUUAUUCCUGUUGACGCCAGAACAACAGGAAGUAAUUAUAAUUUCCGACGACGAAGAUGACGACCACCAAGUGAACCCGAAGGUGUGUUUCUGGGCUGAUCUGGAGAACGUAAGGCGCUACACUAAUAUAACUGAGUACGUCGCUAGUGGCUUGAAGCAACAUUAUAAGAACGACCCGAAAAAAGCCGAGCGAGCCUUGGCAGAUUUGGAAGAUGUUGUACUGUUUUAUUUCAUGUUAAACAUUGAUCUGUUCCGGCGAAACCAGUUUCCUGAGGGAGUAGUUGAGCUGACGGGGCGAGCUCGUCAGGAACGCGAAGCCGUUUCUCAACCCGUUGGCCCACGGAUGUCAUUGCCAACUCCGGCUCCGCAAGCAGCACAAACGCCAGAACAACAGGAAGUAAUUAUAAUUUCCGACGACGAAGAUGACGACCACCAAGUGAACCCGAAGGUGUGUUUCUGGGCUGAUCUGGAGAACGUAAGGCGCUACACAAAUAUCGAUGAGCACGUCGCUAGUGGCUUGAAGCAACAUUUUAAGAACGACCCGAAAAAAGCCGAGCGAGCCUUGGCAGAUUUGGAAGAUGUUGUACUGUUUUAUUUCAUGUUAAACAUUGAUCUGUUCCGGCGAAACCAGUUUCCUGAGGGAGUAGUUGAGCUGACGGGGCGAGCUCGUCAGGAACGCGAAGCCGUUUCUCAACCCGUUGGCCCACGGAUGUCAUUGCCAACUCCGGCUCCGCAAGCAGCACAAACGCAAGCUGCUACAGUUUCUGCCACGUUGCCGAUGCAGACUCCGUCGGCGGUCUCCACGACGGCGGCAUUGGAGACGCCUCGGCAACCAUUGAGCGCCAAACUUCGCCAGAUUGCCUACGAGGAAUGUCCUCCUUCUGUGCCAGCGACGCCCGAAACUCCCGACGACACGAUGUCCAUACCCGAUUCGGCAAACUUCCAGCCGGAAUUUAACUCGACGCAGAACACGUCCGGUGGAUCGACGAUUGGCGCCGCCCCCGGAACGCCACGGCCCUCUCCGCCGUUAGAAAUCGAGCGAGACAAUGCAGGCGAUGGCGAGGAAGUACCCAUGGACAACGGGCCCGUCGUGCUGGAAGACACGAUGAGUCAAAGCCAGAUCGAUCUGAUGGAGCUCAUCGACGGGUUGUUCCGGGAAGAGCCACAGCCGGACGCAACGCAGCUGUCGCAAACGUCGGAAAAAAAUGGCGACGGCCAGCGGCUAUCUCAGAACCGGCAGUCGAUGGGGUUUCGCAGCAGUCAAUCGCCACGUGUACGUUCAGACUAGUGGCGCCACCAUUCAAACCGCAAUCCGGCUUUUCACCAGCGCACGCACCAUCUGCAGGUCACCCUGAACCACAAACGGAACGACCUCUUUCGGUUGGACGUAACGGACCACGAGCACGGCGUCGCGGUGUUCCGCCGGGUGGAUGUUCCGGGUGCGGAACGGAGCAAGUGGAGGCGGGUUCGCCGAGGAGGAGGAGUUUAACUGUUAUUUGCAUUCCGGAGGAGGCGGAGGAGGAGCUGAGAAGACCAGUGAGGGGGACUUUGGUGACCUGAGUGAAGGAG